CCAUGUUACAGAAGAUGAAAGAGCAGGAUAAUGAAGAAGUAGCUGGGUGUGUGCGUGGCGGGGCAGAAUGAGCGCUGCUGGGACAUGGACGUGCCAGUAGAGGACAGGGGCAGCUGUGGCAUUCCCUGGACAAGACACUGACGCUGCGUGAGGAACGUCUGGGUUCCUCGCGUUUUUCCAGCACCAGCUUAACCAUGAGAGGCGCGCUCUUGGCCUUCAGACUGAUGUGCGUGGUCGGGUUGUGGCCUGUCAUCCAACUCAACGGCGGACACUUCCCCAACAAGAGGAGACACAAGGAGCAGUACGUUGGAGAGAACACCAAAACAAAGCAUGGAGGACGGGUGGAUCUUAAGAUGAAAAAGCUGGACAGCACCAAGUCUAUGCUAAUUAAAUCAGAGCAGCUGCUCCGGAUCGAGGACCAUGACUUUGCAAUGCGGCCGGGCUUUGGAGGUUCAGCUAUUCCUGUGGGCAUUGAUGUCCAGGUAGAGAGCAUAGACAGCAUAUCUGAAGUAAACAUGGACUUCACCAUGACUUUGUACCUGAGGCAUUACUGGCAGGACGACCGCCUGGCCUUCCCCUCCAGCAGUAACAAGAGUCGAACCUUUGAUGCACGUCUUGUGAAAAAGAUUUGGGUUCCUGAUGUGUUCUUUGUUCACUCUAAGCGUUCUUUUAUUCAUGAUACCACCAUGGAGAACAUCAUGCUGAGGGUUUUUCCAGACGGCAAUAUCCUCUACAGUGUCAGAAUAACAGUGACAGCCCUUUGCUCCAUGGACUUCAGCAGCUUUCCUCUGGACACACAGAACUGCUCUCUGGAGCUCGAGAGCUAUGCUUACAAUGAGAAUGACCUAAUGCUCUACUGGAAGAAUGGGAACGAUUCAUUAAGGACUGACGAGAUCGUGCUCUCUCAGUUUUUUGUUGAAGACUUCCAGCCUUCCUUUGGGCUUGCCUUCUACAGCAGCACUGGUUGGUACAAUCGGCUCUACAUAAACUUCAUUCUCAGGAGGCAUAUCUUCUUCUUCAUGCUACAGACUUACUUUCCCACCAUGCUGAUGGUGAUGCUGUCCUGGGUGUCUUUCUGGAUAGACAGGAGAGCCGUACCUGCCCGUGUCUCUCUGGGUAUCACGACUGUUCUGACAAUGUCCACCAUCAUCACUGGUGUCUCAGCCUCUAUGCCACAGGUGUCUUACGUCAAAGCCGUAGACAUCUACUUGUGGGCAAGCUUCCUGUUUGUCUUCCUGUCUGUCAUCGAGUAUGCUGCAGUCAACUAUUUCACCACAGUGGAGGAGAUGAAGAAGCUCAGGCGGGCAAAGAUCCCUGAGUCCUACGAUGCCACCCAGGCUAUGGCAUUUGAUGGCUGUUUCCAUGACAAUGAAAUUGACCUGACCUCUUUUCCAGAGGUCGCCAGUACUCCAAACACAGAGAGGAACACCCAGGCUCGAAACUCUACUGUCUCUGCACCCACGGAGGGCACCAGGCUCCGCCGCAAGCAUCCUGUGAAACAAAACCUCAGCUUCAUAAUGAGCAACAGCUACAUGAUCGACUCUUAUUCCAGAGUCAUAUUUCCCAUGGCUUACCUGCUCUUCAACAUCAUUUACUGGAGUAUGUAUGCAUAACGCAUCAACUAUGCAGCAGAUAAACUACAGUUUGUUCUGGUUGAACUCCAACAAGCAGGGGUAAGCUUAUUUACAGUACAAUACUGUGUUAUGGGAUAUGACCUAAAGUUGGCACAGUGUUUGCUGAUGAUCAUAGAAAUUGUACAGGGUGUCUUCUGUUCAAGAAGUGUUUGGUUACAACCUGGAGCGAUCAGCUUUUACAAUAAAUGUCUGUCAUUUCAUGGAUAUUUAUGUGUUUUUUUUCACAUGUCAGUUUUAUAAAAGAAAAUGUGUAAACAUCUAUAUUUACAUUUUUAUUGCUCAAAU